UUUAUCAAAACCUCUUAAAUUUCUCUAUUUGUUAAGCUUUGAAAGCUUUGGACUUCUUGGGAGUUCAUCUACGAAUGAACUGGUAGAUAGCGAUCCGAGAUAAUCAAGGUCCAUCAGUGAGCAUAUGAUUGUCCUCAUCCGUGUUCUCCAGUUUUGCAAUGAAGAAAUCGCAGCCUGUAUCAUCAGUCAGAGGCAGGUCCAGUUUCACAAUGAUUGUUGCUCUCCAUCUUCCUCCCAUGGUCUUGAACUUCUCCCUCCCUUCGUCGUUGGAGCUUUCCAAGUCCUCGUGGCCCAUGGUCGCCUCCUUGAACGACGCUUUGUGAGAUUUCCGCGAGAUGGAGGUCCAUCUCUGUUUCCUCCACCUUCUUCUUUGCGCAAAUCAAUCGAUUUCUCUCCGCCUCCGGCAUGCGUCUCUCUCGUUUUAGGGCAUGCCAAUGCUGCUGUUGAUCUUAGUGGUUUUAGACGCGAUCGAAAUUUUAGGAAAUGUGUUGAAAAGUAAAUAAAUAAAAUGUAGGGGGUGAAUUGCAAUUUGCUCACAUGUUGGAAAGCGAAAGAAUUGGCUUCGUCCUUGCCUUGCCGUCUGAUCUCGUCCGCAGACGCCGACGGAGACCCAGCAACGGAUUCCACGCCUGCUCGCACCAACAGCCAAACGCCAACCUUUGAACCAUCGAUCCUUUCUCCAUUUCUCCUUCUGGUAUAAAUCCUCCUCUCCUUCCCCCUUCCCCUCCCCCUCUCGCCCAGAAGCUCCGUAUCUGACCACCCUGACGGAGGAGGAGGUGUAAGCGGCGACGCCAUGGUGAAGCUCUACGUGCACACGGUGCCUCCGCCGGAUCUGAACAAGAACACUGAGUGGUUCAUGUACCCCGGCGUCUGGACCACCUACAUAUUCAUCCUCUUCUUCUCCUGGCUCCUCGUCCUCUCCUUCUUCGGCUGCUCCGCUGGCAUGGCUUGGACCGUCGUCAAUCUCUUCCACUUCUCGGUCACAUAUUACUUCUUCCACUGGAAAAAGGGUACUCCGUUCGCCGAAGAUCAGGGUAUAUAUAAUAACUUGACCUGGUGGGAGCAGAUAGAUAAUGGCAAGCAACUAACACGUAACAGGAAAUUUUUGACUGUGGUACCUGUUGUCCUGUAUCUUAUAGCGUCACACACAACUGACUACCGACACCCAAUGCUAUUCCUGAAUACUCUUGCAGUGGCGGUAUUGGUGAUUGCCAAGUUCCCCAACAUGCACAAGGUCCGGAUCUUCGGAAUCAAUGGUUAACUGAUGCUGCAGCAUAUCAAUGAUGUCGGAUCUUAUUCGUCCAUCGCCAAUCAACUGAAGUCAUCGUUUAUGUUUGUCCACGGUACUAAAGUUGCAGCAAUGUUUUUUCUUGUGUCUCUGAUUUAGAUAUCUGUAAGGUGCUGACUGAGUUAGUCGAAUACGACCAUACCUAUGUUUCCUUGGAUAUAAAUCUUGCUCUCGAACUCAAUCAGGAUUAUGUAUCUGUUUCUAGUUUCUUUCCCUGAAGAAACGGAAAGAGAUUGAUUGAAUAAAAUGCCAAAAGCAUGCAGCUCUGUUAAAUUCUCA